AUGCCCGACGUCCCCAGCCUCGGGCGCCCGGAGAGCAGCAUGGCCACCCUGCAUGGCCCUGUCGAGACGCGGGAGCCCACGAAGCUCGUCCUGUGCUUUGACGGCACCGGCAACACCUUCAGCGGAUCCAAUGCAGACACCAAUGUCGUAAAGCUGCUGAACAACCUGGACUGCAGCCACCCGAAUCAACAGCACUACUACCAGACCGGCAUCGGCACGUACGACAUCAACGCGCGCUCGGUGAACCAGCCGUGGCUUGGCGAGCUCCGGAGCUCUAUAUCGCAGCUCAUCGACCAAGGCCUGGGCACCACGUUCGACGCGCACGUCAUGGCCGGCUACCGCUUCCUGAUGCGCUUCUAUGACUCGGCAAAGGGCGACAUGAUCUACAUGUUUGGCUUCAGCCGGGGGGCCUUUACGGCCAGGUUCCUGGCGCGCAUGGUCAACACCGUCGGGCUGCUCUGCAAGGGCAAUGAGGAGAUGGUGCCUUUUGUCUACCGGCUCUACCAGCGCUACCUCUCGGGCAAGAUCAAGCGCAUUGAGGCUACGCAACCCGGGAACGACACGGGCGACACUGGCGACGACGACACGGCGGCGCGCGACGAGGUGACGGCCUUCAGCAGCACCUUUUGUCGCAAGGAGCACGUCGUCCGCGACGACAAGGCCGAGGAAAACAUCAAGGUCUACUUCCUCGGCCUCUGGGACUGCGUCAGCUCCGUGGCCGUCCUAGAGCGCAAGGCGCCCUUCCCCGUGCCGGUGAGCGGCACGGCGCACAUUGUGCGGCACGCCGUGGCCGUCGACGAGCGCCGCGUCAAGUUCCGGCCGGCUCUGUUGGCCCAGGACAUACGCAGCAACAGCGCCGACGACAUCCAGGAGGUCUGGUUUGCCGGCUCCCAUGGCGACGUCGGCGGCGGAUGGCCCGCCGUGGCCGACGAGCCGCUCGACUCGGGCCGGCCUAUGUCGCUAUGGCAGCGCGUCAAGAACCUGUGCACCACGCGCAGGGCCGCCGCGCCCUCCAGGGACGUGGCCGCCGACCGCUUCCAAAUGAGCGACAUUCCGCUGGCCUGGAUGAUCCACGAGGUCGAGCUCGUCGGCCAGCAGUACCCGCCAGCGGCCAUCAAGUGGUCCCCGAACCUCGACGGCUUCAAGCGCCGGUUCGACAAACGCAAGGACCAGGCACUCGGCGGCUUCAUGCACGACUCGCUGCGGUUCGGCUACGGCACCGCCUUCUUCCAGGUGCUGCUGUGGUGGGUUCUGGAAUGGUGUCCCCUCGUCACCCGCUGGGAGCUUCACGGCAACCGGUGGAGGAACACGCACUUCCCCUUGAACAAGGGCGGCACGCGUGACAUCCCCCUCAACGCAGUCUUGCACGAGUCGCUCGUCCUGCGGCUUCAAAAGGACAGCGACUACAAUCCCCAAAACAAUCAUGGCGAUGACCAGCCACCUUGCCUCAAGGAUCACGGCCGCGUUGCCGACAUUGACCAGACAGAACCGUCGGACCCGGCCCAUACGACCUUUCGCCUUCGUGACGAGCCAACCACCAACGCCGCGGAUACUAAUCGGGACAUUCAAGUCUAG